AUGCAUUUAGAAAGCUGGGAAAAACUUUGUGAACUGAAAUUUAGAGGUGGUUUAGGAUUUCGGGACCUAAAAGCUUUUAAUAUGGCUCUUCUAGCCAAACCAACUUGGAGAAUUUUGACUGAACCUGAAUUGCAAGUUUCUCGAUUGAUGAAGAGUAAGUAUUUUUCAAAUGAGUCUUUGUUAUAUGUACAGGAUUAUAGAUAUACUUCUUUGGUUUGGACAAGCAUUUUGUGGGGACGAGAUCUUUCAUUUAAUGGUGUUAGAUGGAACAUCUCUAAUGGUUCAUCAGUGAGAGUUUGGAAGGAUCCAUGGUUGCCAAGAGAUAGUUCUUUUUACCCAUUUCGUGUGAGUAGCGGUGUUUCACAGAAUUUAAAAGUUUCAAACUUGAUAGAUAGUAUUACUAAUUCUUAG